AUGCUCGGUCGCAACAUGACAUUCUGCUUGACUCCUAAGAUCAGUAGCAGCAUCACCAUGACGGCUCCGACGGCGCUCAUUCCUGUGGCGAAUGGUAGCGAAGAGAUUGAAACAGUGUGCUUGCAAGAUGUCUUGGUUCGCGGUGGUAUCCAGGUUACUCUGGCGUCGGUGGGCGGCAAUGCGCAGAAUGUUGUCAAGAUGUCGCGAGGGCUACACAUCCAAGCGGACGUGGCGAUUGCCGAGUGCGUCCACAACUCGUACGACGUGAUUGUCCUUCCAGGGGGCAUGCCCGGAGCUUCCCACUUGCGCGACUGUCCUGAUUUGAUCAACAUGCUCCGACGCCAAAAAGCGGGCGGGAAAUGGUACGGCGCCAUUUGUGCCGCUCCCGCGGUCGUCCUCCACCACCACGAGCUGCUGCCUCCGGGACCUGUGACGUCGUAUCCGUCUUUUCAAGACAAGAUGCCGGGCGUGGUGUACAGCUCGGAUCGGGUGGUGGUGACCGCCAACUGUUUGACCAGUCGAGGGCCAGGAACGGCCAUGGAGAUGGGGCUCAAGUUGGUGGAAGUGCUGUGCGGGUCCAAGAAGGCAGCGGCGGUGGCCGACGGGUUGCUCUACCAGAGCCUCUAGCUGGUCUGGCCCCACUGAAUUUCGACUUUUAGUUAAUCAUUGCAUACUAGUGUAUUAGUAUCUAGCAAUGUAUACUAAUACUACGUAGUAGUUGUUCGUAUGCGAA